CCCUCAAAAAGAGAUUUUUAUUAUUUUCUUUUCCUUUAAUUUUGUGAUGCGAACAGACGUUUUAAAUUUUUGAUAUGAAGAAUUGAAACCGCGUCUGUCCUCUCGCAAUCAUCACCUUGGCUUUUCUGUCAUUUCUUCACAAUUAAUCCUCGUUCUUCUCCAUUUAAUUCUUUUCAAUUUCACUGCCAUUUAGUUUUUUCCUCUCAUCACUCUUCCCAUUUCCAUACCCACUUCCCAUAAUCGCCUGAGUUUUCUUCUUCCACCUCCUCCUCCUCUUAUUUCAACUCAAUUCACCCAAACCCAUUUUCUAAUUUCUCCCCAAUUUCUCAUUCUGGGGUUCUUCAUUAAUCAUACCAUUUGAUUCUUGAAUUGGAUGUUGUAACCAUCGGACCCCCCAUUUUCUUCUUCUUUUGUUUUGUAAUUCUUGUAACGAUGAAUCCUCAAUACCCAGUGAAGGGGGAGGCUUGGGGGCCAAGCUCGUCGGAGUUAGGCGGCGGUUAUGGCUUACCGCCGACGCCGCAGCCGAUGGAGGGUCUUUACGAUGUUGGUCCACCGCCAUUUCUGAUCAAGACAUUUGAUAUUGUGGAUGAUCCGAUUACCGAUCACAUUAUCUCUUGGGGCAGGGGAGGAAUCAGCUUUAUUGUAUGGGAUCCCAAGGCCUUCUCUGCUAAUUUGCUUCCUCGGUUCUUCAAGCAUAACAACUUCUCAAGCUUCAUCCGGCAGCUCAACACUUAUGGUUUUAGGAAGAUUAAUCCAGAGAGAUGGGAGUUCGCAAAUGAAGGUUUCUUGAGAGGCCAAAAGCAUCUCCUUAGAACUAUUAAGAGAAGAAAACCACCAACCACCGACUCUUUGCCUUCCGAACAAGAACCCAGUGCUUGUGUCGAGAUUGGUCGUUUUGGACUCGAUGUCGAACUCGACCGUCUGAAACGGGACAAGCAAGUGGUGAUGAUGGAACUAGUUAAGCUAAGGCGUGAGCAGCAAAAUACAAGAGCUUACAUACAAGCAAUGGAACAAAAGCUGCAAGGGACAGAGAUGAAACAGCGACAGAUGAUGAAAUUCUUAGCAAGAGCAAUGCAGAAUCCAGACUUCAUUCACCAAUUAAUCCAGCAGAAAAAGAAAAGGGACACUGAAGAAGCUGCAACAAAGAAGAGAAGAAGGCCUAUUGACCAAGUACCAAGCAGCUCCAGAAGCAGUGAAGAAGAAAGCAUCUCAAACAUUAAGAUUGAGCCUAUAGAAUUUUGUGGAUAUGAAGUAUCUGAACUUGAAGCACUUGCUUUGGAAAUGCAAGGAUUAAGGAAGGCAGUUAAGAAAGAAACAGAAGUAAAGGAAGAGAUGCAACAGGCUUCAGAGAGUGGAGAUACAGAGUUGGAUGAGGGAUUUUGGGAAGAGUUUUUCAGUGGAAGAAUGGAAGAAGAAGACGAAAACGACGACAUGGUGGAAGCCUUAAGCGAUCGCUUCGGCUAUUUAGGUUCAAUCCCCUAAAGUAAGGUAGCUGGAAAACACAAAUCUGACAUAGCCAUUUUUGCACUUUGGUUCAUUUCAGAUCUCCAUUUCUUCUAGGUAAGAAAAUACAGUUUUUGUUUCUCACAUCCCACUUUUUUAGGACCCGUUUGGUAACUAUUUGAUUUUUGGUUUAAAAAAUUAAGCCUAUAAACAUCCAUUCAACUUUUUGUUAUCUUUUUGUUACCUACUUUUUACCAAAAGUUUUCGAAAACUAAAAUCAAAAUUUGAAAACUAAAAUUAAGUAGUUUUUGAAAACUUGUUUUUGUUUUUAGAUUUUUACUAAGAAUUCAACUCAAGGACUUGACAAAGGCGAAGUUAUUUUGUAAGAAAAGAAAUAGGCUUAAUUUUCAAAAACAAAAAACGAAAUGAUGAUCAAACGGGCCUUAAUGACAUUAAAUCAAACAUUCCUCCAAAACCCAUUACUCUCUUCUGAUUUGUCUGGAAUUAACAGGAUGGGAAAUCUUGGCAAGCACAGUAUUAAAAGGGAAACUGUCUUUUCCUCUCUCUUUUCUCUCUCUCUCUCUGACUUUCAUUUUCCCACAACAAAUCACCCCCCCUUAAUAUUUUUUCUCCUGGCUUUAUUGAGUUGCAGGCAAAUUUAGGUGGAGAAGGACAGUGGUAGCCACAAGAUGAAUGUAAAAUGAAGGUGUGUUUCUCAUUGAAAACCCAUUACUGCGAUAUGUUUUUUUGUGACUUUUGUAGGAAUAAAAAGAAGAGUAAUUUGUGGCCAGAAAUUGAGGAAAGUUGCAGCAGAAGAAGCCAAAAUGGAAGGGGACCCAAGUUGGUUUUUUUCUCUUUAAGCAGUUGGUAGUUAAAAAGUGUGGGUCGGUCUGAUUCUUUGUUUGUUUUUGUGUUGUCCAUUUGUGAGAGUUGCUUUGGAAUGGUCGGUGUUGAGCUUGAGUUUUCAUUGUCAUCCCACUUUAAAAAAAUCCCAGAUAUUUCUCCAUUACCUUUCACUACCUUAUCAUAUGCAAAUGGUAUUCAUGGGUCAUCCCAUUACCUUUUUUUUUUUC